CGGGAUUAUUCGUUUUAUCAUAUGUUUUGAUUUGUGUUCACCCUUUGCCAGCAGCGCAAACGAAAACCAGAUGUUUUGAUUAGGUCGGGCGCGCUGGGCCAAGAAGAGGAAUAAAAGAAACAAAACAUCGCUUUUCCAAAUGAUGUUUCGUUUCAGGUGACGGAGGAGGGAUUCAGCACACCUUCAAAGACACAGCACUUCCUGCACCGGUACCUCUGUGGUAUAUAAAGCGGCGACGCCGUCGACAAGCUGAGUUCUUCCCAGUUUUCUUGGAGUAACAUUAGACGUCUGGAGACCAUCGUUCCGUUAUUCCAAAGAACAUCUCCGAGUUCGGAGAUAUCACUUUGUAAAUCUACUGCAGCUCAGUAUCGUGACCGACCAUAACAGAAGACCCAUCCCAACGGAAUAUAAAGAAGCUGAUAUCUUCAGGAACCAAUCAUGAAUGAAAACUGCUUUGCCAUCGAUAUUCUACUGUUGUGCAUAUCUUGCGGAGCAAGUGCGUUGGCAGCCUAUAAGCCCUCUACGUCCUCAACGUUGCCAGUCAUCAAUUUCACCGAUAUUGGCUCAGAUCUGGAAUAUCGGGCUGAGACUGCGAGCCUGCCGAAAACCAGACGGAAGCGCUACAUCUCCCAAAACGACAUGAUUGAAAUUCUCGAUUACCACAACAAAGUUCGAGGGAAAGCGUUCCCCCCGGCUUCCAACAUGGAGUAUAUGGUCUGGGAUGAAACACUGGCCAAAACCGCUGAGGACUGGGCUGCUACUUGUUUGUGGGAACACGGACCCCGGAGUCUGCUCAGAUUUCUGGGUCAGAACCUCUCCGUCCGGACUGGUCGUUAUAGGUCCAUUCUUCAGCUGGUGAAGCCUUGGUAUGAUGAGGUCAAAGACUACUCCUUUCCGUACCCACGUGACUGCAACCCCAGAUGCCCACUUAAGUGCUAUGGACCCAUGUGCACACACUACACACAAAUGGUGUGGGCAACAUCAAACAAAGUGGGCUGUGCUAUCCAUACCUGCCACAAUAUGAAUGUGUGGGGAUCAGUGUGGAAGAGGGCCACAUAUCUUGUCUGCAACUAUUCUCCAAAAGGGAACUGGAUUGGGGAGGCCCCUUACAAAGUGGGCGUUCCCUGCUCCAUGUGUCCUCCCAGCUAUGGAGGCUCGUGCAACAACAACAUGUGUUUUCCUGCUGUGAACUCCAACUAUCUGCACUGGUUUAAAUAAACUGCGGUGGGAAUGCACACACAAACAGCCCUCCCUCCCCAUCCUCGUCCCCAUCCCAGAGACUUUUGCAUUUGACUUUUGGAUUUGCACAGCAUUUCUGGAGGUAUCCUCGUUUGUAUAUAUGGGCCUAUUUAAAAUAUGACCCUACGUUGUAAGGCAACAGGUAUUUGCAUUGAAAGAUAAAAAUGUAUAUGAAUGUUUUUUUUUGUUUUAUGUUUUGUUUAUUGUGUCCGGUAUAGCUUUUUUAUACAUUUAAGUUGCUUUCACCACGGAAAUAAGUAAUUUAUGUUAUGUUAUUUCAUCAUUGUUGAAAUGGUGCUGAUCUUCUAGGACGGUCCAAACACAUUUGCUGCUAACACUCCAACCGUACAGUGGUGCUAUAGAAAGGUGCUCUCCAGUGACUGUGCAUUUCACUCAACCAACUACCGUACCUGCAUGAUGGUCUUAAGAUGUUUUUCCUGAUCAGUGCCAAGUGUGUCAAGGGGUGGGGUGGGGUGGCGAAGGAAGACAAAAUGCAGCUUUGUUCUCUUUCAAAGCGCCCCAUGCAACCACGAGCAGAGAGUAAUCACUCACGUUUCCAGAUCCAAUUAGCUUAGGUUAACCUGCUAAUUAGGUUUGGUUGUGUGUUAAGUGUUCCAAGAGGUAUUUUUGGCUCACAGGAAAACACUCCUGAAGAGAGUGAAAUUGCUAUCGGACAAUACAACCCUGUCGAGGUGACAGUAGAUUCUGGAACGGUUCUGGCCCAGGUGUGACCCAGAUGUGGGCCAGGGGUGGUUCAGGGCUGGGCCAGGUCCGUGCUUGGGUCAGCUCCUCUCUUGGGAGAGUUUCUACCACAGACAUUUUUUGCAGUCAUGCUUCCUGACAAUGUGAAGCUGCAACUCAAGUGUUUCGUAGCUACAGUACACUACAUCAUAUGAUAUAAAGCAUCUUUGGGUAGCAUAUUUGUUUGUGAUUGGAUUUUGAUUGCUUAUUUAUGCACAUAUCUGACUUUGUUUUAUUUGUUAAUACAGACAUAGCAAUUCACCCUUAAUGUACCUAUUGUAACAUAUUGCAUAGUGAUACCAUAUGUAUUUCAUAGAAUGGUGUGGAAAGUGGUAAAGGUAUUGGGCCUACCGUAGUGGAAGGGGUGAAACACUCUUUUCUGUGUAGAAAUCAGUGUAGAAAUGUAUCUUUGAGUAAAGUGAAGGAGACUUCAGUGCACCUUAAGUGUUCUUAUAUGUCCAAAUAAUCUAAAUAUUUUCAUGCCUGCAUAAUGUACAUAGACGACUCACUUAUAUACAUAUAAUGACUAUCGUUUUGUAAUUUAAAGAUAUUUUAUUUUCUAGCAUAAACUGUAAAUAACUAUAGUGUGUAUGUACUGUAUAUUGUAAUGGCGGUAUUGCGAUUUAUAUGUGAUAACACAUGUAAAUCUUUCAAUGAAGUGUUUCACUUCAUUGUUUCUUUGUUAAAUUUACUGGCCACCACCUUUGCAGUAGACUCCACUGAGACUAUAUGUACGAGAAAAGCACACAUUUAGCUGUUGAGCUGGACCAGCAUAGCAGUCCUCGAGACUGUUGAGUGUCUAUCCAGAAAACAAGGAGUAUAAAGAAACCAUAAUCUUGGACGAGAGAGAGAGAGACGAAAAAGUAAGACUAGGGUCUUUUGUCUUGUGUAAAGAGCAAAAACAUUAUUUUAUUAGCACUGACUGUAUUUAAGUUCCUUCUUUUGUAUUUAUGACGUUCAAUGAAAUGUGCUUGCUGUUGUAUUUUAUACUUUAAUAAUAAAAGGAAAUCACUGAGCUUCAGCUUGGCCUGGUGUGUGAGGGCUCCACUGCUCCGCCAUGCGUUUCCCUUUACUCCUCUUCUUUUCUUUGUCUUCCCCCGUUGCUCCUCUUCUCUCCCAGCACCGGCCAGGUCUGAUAAUAAUUAUAGGAUCUGCUGUGAAACCCACUCUCAUCCCUUCCCUUUGAUGUCAUGUUUCCCCAUUCAAUUAAACAGUGCCAUUGCACGACCACAUCCCUGAUAUCCAAACACCGGCCACAAUUGAAUCUUAUUAAGCAGAAGUUGCCUUUGGCACCGUCCGCCCGUGUCUACAUAAACU